GGGGUCGAGCCCCUAGAGCUGCGGAGGCCCCGGGCGGUCGCCUCCCGGCGCGCCCUCCUUACCUCCCCCGCUCCCCGCUGCCCCCCUGGGACUGAUGUCGGGCGCUUGCGUGCUGCGGCCAAAGCUCCCGAUCCAGAGGCCGGCCUCGUAAAGUCCCGAGCGAGUAGGGGGCGGCGCGCAGGAAGGGAGGAGGGCCGGGGGCGUGCGGGGUUGGUGGGUGUUCGGGGGUGGAGAUGUACAAGAUGUGACGCCGCGGCCGGGCCGGGGCCAGAGCGGCGGACGCGGUGCCCGCGGUUGCAGCCGGAACCCGGGCGCUGUAGCUUGGAGAGGCGGCCCUCCGGAGAGCGGCGGCCGCGGAGACACCCAGCCCUAAGCCCCGGCUCCCGAGCGCCGCCGCGCACCGCGCUCCAGGGCAGACGCGGAGGGGAGCGGCCCAGAGGCACGACGCUGGGGGCCCGCGGGCGCGGUCGCGCGCCGCCGGGCGGGAGGCUGGGGGGCCGGGGCCGGGGCCGUGCCCCGGACCGGGUCGGGGGCCGGGGCCGGGGGACGGCGGCUCCCCGCGCGGCUCCUGGGGCGCGGGCACCCCGGCACGGCCCCGGGGGGGCCAUGGCAGCCGGGAGCAUCACCACGCUGCCCGCCCUGCCGGAGGACGGCGGCAGCGGCGCCUUCCCGCCCGGCCACUUCAAGGACCCCAAGCGUCUGUACUGCAAAAACGGGGGCUUCUUCCUGCGCAUCCACCCCGACGGCCGAGUGGAUGGGGUCCGGGAGAAGAGCGACCCUCACAUCAAACUGCAACUUCAGGCAGAAGAGAGAGGGGUUGUGUCCAUCAAAGGAGUCUGUGCAAACCGCUAUCUUGCCAUGAAGGAAGAUGGAAGAUUACUGGCUUCUAAAUGUGUUACGGACGAGUGUUUCUUUUUUGAACGAUUGGAAUCUAAUAACUACAAUACUUAUCGGUCAAGGAAAUACUCCAGCUGCAUUUGCACCACUCCACAAUCUUUUAUUUCAAAAGAAGACCUAAACAACAGAAUUUACACAGAACGUCCCUGAAGUACCUAAAAAACAAAAUCUGCAAUGGAUAGAUCUCAGUGUGGUAAAUUUAUUUCUGGUUUGUUAGGAAUUGUCUAUGUACUGUGUAUGGGGCAUUUUAAUCUGUAACAUUCAAAAAAAAAAAAAAUCAGGUUUCAAGUAUAUACACAUCAAGUAUAUACAAAUAUUUAAAGAUAAUUUAGGAAGUUGCCUUUAUAUAAUAAAUGUUGGUUAAAUAGUGAACAUGCACAUGGAAAAAGCAAUCAUGGAGAAAUAAUACUGGUAUCAAAUGAGUCAUCCAUUGAUUUAUUAUGAUAGAGACUGCGUUUGACUCAGUGGUUAAGGAAUAUGUAGGAAAACUCCAUAUUUACUCUUUCUACUCUUUACUGUAAAAUCAGUAACAUGGAAAGUUCUUAGCUUAUUUCACAUUGCCUGGUUUUAAAUACUGAGCUCUGUAAGCUGUUUUAGUUGUUUAGUUGUUUUAGAGAGCUAUCUCUCUUUUGAGACUUUCUCAUAGGAGAGUUUUGGCUUCCUUACUAUUUAAAAUAAAUAGCAGUCAAAAUUAUUAUAAAGAGGAGAAUUAAGUCAGUAGUGCUCUAUAAGUGACUUUUAAAUGGACCUCAAAAUAAGUAUUACUUACAAAGUUAGUAUGCAUGGUUGUGUGGUGAAAUGGUCAAGAAUUUGUGUUUUCUUACAGUUUAAUUCCAGGAAAAGUAUUAGUCCUAUCCAAAAUAACCCUAAAUGCUAAACUUUACCAAUGUAUAUGAAAAGCUUUUUAUUUUCAAACAAAUUAAUCUAGAAGCAAUCCUAAACAGAACAGGUGGUAUGCUCCUGAUAGUAUUUUUUAUACUAAUGGAAUAAGUUGUAAUAUUACAAGUUUUGCUGCUAAUUUUAUAUUAGCCCUGAAGUAACCUCUGAAAUUUCUCAGAAAAUUUAAAAUCUUAUUUUCAGCUAUAGAGCUAAAAAGUAAACACAGAAAUUUCCUAAAUUUUUUCAAGCAAUUAAAAAAUAUGUAAGGUACACACCAAUAUCUUCUCCAGGCUCUGACAGGCCUCCUGGGAACUUCCACAUAUUUUUCAACUGCAAUAUAAAAUCAGAAAAUAAAGUUAACAUAGCUUCAAUCACUAACCCGCACAUGGAGACUCGACAAAAAUUGGUCAAGGGAUUGAGAAUUUAUUUUUUGGUAAUAACAUGCAAAUUUCUUUCAUCUUCCUUCUUCACUCCUCCCUUUCUUCUUCUUGGGGGGAAACUGGUGACUUUUGAAAUCUUUUCCUACCUUUUUCUCUAGGAAAUAGAAGUGGUUUUGUUUGGUUAAUGUGAUAAAUUCUGUAUGAAUGAAACAGUGGAGGGAAACAUCUACUGAAUUUGUGUAAUUUUUAAAAUUUUGCUGCUAGUUAACUAUUAACAAAUAGAGGAAUCUUACAGAUGCUGCUAUAAAUAAGUAGAAAGUACAGUAUAAGUUUAAUAACUAAAAUAUACUAUUUUUAAUUUUCACAUUUAUUUUCUGUGUUGUGUGUCUAAUCAGAUUUCUCUUGUCUCUGUGUUAAUGAUUGUAUGUACAAAUGUAAUUGCUUUUCAUGGGUAGCAUGAAUAAAUCUGAUUAGUUUAA